AUGUUAGUGAAAAGUCGAACCCAAGAGCAGUUCAUUUCUGACCUGAGAGAAAUUUUUGAGGUUCUUCGGAGCUCACGAAUGCGGCUAAACCCAAAGAAGUGUACUUUUGGGGUCAAGUCGGGAAAAUUCCUGGGCUACAUGAUUUCUAAAGAAGGGGUGAGAGCUAACCCGGACAAGAUCAAGGCCAUCAUGGACAUGGCUCCACCCCGGAAUAUUAAGGAGGUGCAACGUCUGACAGGGAGGAUGGCAGCCUUGAACAGGUUCCUGUCCAAAUCGGCAGUUCGGGGGUCGCCUUUCUUCAAGGCUCUGAAAGGAGAAUACGACCUGGGAUAUCAGCCCCGGACGGCCAUCAAAGCCCAAGUAUUGGCGGACUUCAUAGCGGAUGGCGUUUCCUUUGGAUCGCCCGAAGCGGAGGUCGAUCAGGCUAGGGACAUACAGGCCAGGAAGGAUGGAGAAGCCAUCCAGGUAGCGGAGGUCGGACCGUCCAAAGAGGCAGCUGAGGCCGAGCAGGCCAAAGAAGCUGCCGAGGGCGAACAGGCCAGAGAAGCAGCUAAGGCCAAACAGACCCAAGAAACUGCCGAGGUCGGACAGGCAGCGGAGGUGGGACAGGCAUUAAACGCUGCCGAGGCCGAGCAUUCUGGAAAAGCAGUCAAAGCUGAACUGGCCAGAGAGACGGCCCAGGACGGGAAGGUUACCGAGGCUACGGGACAAGCUGAUCCCACCUGGACGUUGUACGUGGACGGCGCGUCAAGUAAGGAAGGAUGUGGGGCCGGGCUCCUCCUAAUCAGCCCUACCGGGGAGGAGCUGCCCUACGCACUGUGGUUCAAAUUUAGAGCUUUUAACAAUGAAUCAGAGUACGAGGCUCUGAUUGCAGGGAUGGAGAUGGCCCGAAAGUUAGGGGCUAGAUCGAUAAAAGUCUAUAGCGACUCGCAACUGAUAGUGAACCAGAUUCCGCGAAGCCAGAACAAGAGAGCUGACGCCCUGUCUAAAUUGGCCUCUACCUCGGUUGGUGUCUUAGGUCGGGAAAUACUGGUGGAGGUCCUCAGAAGUCGGGCAUAUGAACCAUCCAACGCCGCGGUCAUUCAGGUGAUGAGCUCGUGGAUGGAUCCCAUUGUCCAGUACCUAGCUCAUGGGGAGCUCCCACCGAGCAGGGUGGAGGCCCGCAAAGUCCUCCUUAAGUCGCAGAAGUACGUGCUCACGCAUGGAGUCCUAUACAGGAAAUCUUACUUGCAGCCCUGGUUGAAGUGUGUAACGCCCGAGAAAGGGAGCUAUGUCUUGCGCGAGUUGCAUGAAGGCAUCUGCGGCAAUCACGUUGGCCCAAGAGUAUUGGCCAAGAAGGGAAUGCUGGCUGGAUACUAUUGGCCCACCAUCUUCAGGGACUCGGCCGAGCUGGUAGUCGGUGUAAGUCUUGCCAGCUACACGCCCCAAUCCAUCAUACCCCCACUCAGGAAAUGA